AUUCAGGCUCGCUCUGUCACUAGGCAGCUGUAAAGAAACCCCGUAGCAGGAACUAGUAGCCAAACAGCCGUUAGCAUCCAAGAUGGCGGGCGCAGACAGCGACGAUUCUCUUUACCCUAUUGCCGUAUUAAUUGAUGAAUUAAGGAAUGAAGACGUUCAGUUACGGUUGAACAGCAUUAAGAAACUGUCCACCAUUGCCCUAGCCUUGGGUGUUGAGAGGACACGCACAGAACUUCUGCCUUUCCUCACAGAUACCAUAUAUGAUGAGGAUGAAGUUCUGCUUGCCCUUGCUGAACAACUGGGAAACUUUACCUUGCUGGUUGGAGGUCCAGAAUAUGUGCACUGUCUCCUGCCCCCUUUGGAGAGUUUGGCAACGGUUGAAGAGACAGUUGUGCGUGACAAGGCAGUAGAGUCCCUGCGCAAGAUUUCUCACGAGCACUCCCCAGUAGACCUGGAAGUUCACUUUGAGCCCUUGGUAAAGCGUUUGGCCAGCGGUGACUGGUUCACAUCCCGCACCUCUGCCUGUGGACUUUUCAGUGUUUGCUACCCACGGGUUUCCAGCACGGUCAAGGCCGAGAUUCGACAGCACUUCCGCACUCUCUGUUCCGAUGACACUCCCAUGGUGCGACGUGCAGCUGCCUCCAAGCUUGGUGAAUUUGCCAAAGUGUUGGAGUUGGACUAUGUUAAAAGUGACAUCAUCUCUCUCUUCACUGCACUGGCAUCUGAUGAACAGGACUCUGUCCGCCUUUUAGCUGUAGAGGCUGGUGUGAGCAUUGCCACCCUGUUGCCUCAAGAGGACCUGGAAGCUCUGGUAAUGCCCACUUUACGCCAGGCAGCAGAGGACAAGUCCUGGAGGGUCCGCUACAUGGUUGCAGACAAAUUUUCUGAUUUGCAGAAGGCCGUGGGUCCAGAAAUCACAAAGAAUGAUCUAGUGCCAGCCUUCCAGAACCUUCUGAAGGACUGUGAGGCUGAAGUCCGAGCUGCUGCUGCAAACAAGGUCAAAGAGUUCUGUGAAAAUUUACCAGAGGACAGCAAAGAGACCGUCAUCAUGACACACAUUCUUCCCUGCAUCAAGGAACUUGUAUCAGACACUAAUCAGCAUGUCAAAUCUGCACUGGCUUCAGUCAUCAUGGGACUCUCCACCAUCUUGGGCAAAGACAACACCAUUGAGCAUCUGCUUCCUCUUUUCCUGGCCCAGCUAAAAGAUGAGUGUCCAGAGGUUCGCCUUAACAUCAUCUCCAACUUGGACUGUGUAAAUGAGGUUAUUGGAAUCCGCCAGCUUUCCCAAUCUCUUCUCCCUGCUAUCGUUGAGCUGGCCGAGGAUGCCAAAUGGCGAGUGCGACUGGCCAUCAUUGAGUACAUGCCCCUUCUGGCUGGACAGCUGGGUGUAGAGUUCUUCGACGAGAAGCUGAAUUCUCUGUGUAUGGCGUGGCUCGUUGAUCACGUAUAUGCCAUUAGAGAGGCGGCCACAUGUAACCUGAUGAAGCUGGUGGAGAAAUUUGGAGCCGAGUGGGCUCAGAAUACCAUUGUGCCCAAAGUUCUGGGCAUGGCCAAUGACCCCAACUACCUGCACAGGAUGACUACCCUAUUCUGCAUCAAUUCUCUGUCUGAGGCGUGCGGCCAGGAUAUUACCACCAAACACAUGCUUCCUGUAGUUUUGAAGAUGUCCAAUGACCAGGUGGCCAAUGUACGCUUCAAUGUAGCCAAGUCACUUCAGAAGAUUGGACCCGUCUUGGAUAGCAACUGUCUCCAAACAGAAGUAAAACCAGUGUUGGAGAAACUGGCAUCGGAUCAAGAUAUGGAUGUUAAAUACUUUGCCCAGGAGGCCAUCAGUGUUCUUGCCCUGGCCUAAUGUACCUUCUUGCCGAAUGUGAAAUCCACCCUCAAGCUGACCUCCAUUGUAUUUAUUGACGUCCAGGAUCAUCCACUGGACUGUUUAUGGAGAAUCAAUGUGUUUUGCUCCCUCGGUGAGAAAUGUUUUCGGGAAACUUGGCUUCUCUCAAUGUUUUGUUCGACUGUAGCUCUCGUCACCCUCAGCUGUGAAUGAAAUUUGACCACAUACAGUCUCGCUCUACAUUCUUAACCUGCGAUAAUGCUGCUGUGCCCUCUUAAUAGGCCUGUUUUCACUUGUUAAAGUCGCACCUUCUAGAUGCCGUUUUACUAUUCACGUAACAAUGUAAUGACUACUUAGCCUUUAUUGCAUCAUAGGUUUAGCGAAGAUAUUUUAUUAAAUACAGUGAGGAAUUUGAACACCCUGCUAUUUUGCAAGUUCUCCCACUUAGAAAUCAUGGAGGGAUCUGAAAUUGUCAUUGUAGGUGACAAUGGCCUGGACAUGUGCUGGUUUAAGCAGGGACGUGGGAGAAUUUGCAAUAUAGCAGGGUGUUUAAAUAUUUAUUUUCCUCACUGUAUAUCGGUCGAGAUAUGUUAACCUGUAGUAACUUCAGUUGUCCUGAUGGUUGCAAUGUUGCUUAAGUGUCGAGUUUUGACCCACACAUGCGUAAAGAAAGGUAAAGGGCACAACCAUCUUUUAAAUAUUUUGUUUCCUGUACGUUGGUCCUCAGGCUGACUGUUAUGGACCCCCUGGAAGCACUGUCUGCAUGCCUCUUCAUUCAGUGGGCAUGCUUAAAUAUUGUUCUUAUCUUCUUAAAGGGACCAUGACAAAUGUGACGUCCUUCCUGUAACAGACACUCAUAAACGGCCCUAUAUAUUUUCUGGAAGCAAGUUUUUUUCUUUCUGUGCCAUUUGAUCAUAUUGCACAUUUUUUCUGUGAUUUUGUAACUUCUCUUUCAUAAAAAUGCAUUGUCAUGUGUCAGUAGACAUUGAGGAGAACCCCAUUAACCACAGGGGACAUUUUUGAACUUUCUCUUAUGUUUUCAACUAACACAAUGUGCUUUGGCUGUGAUGUUGACCUCUGCAGCUUCUCUUCAGUGCGUCAGUAAACUAGUAUCUUCCGUGUUAUCAGUGUCAUUAGAAUGUGUGCUUUGGAUUUUAUAUGAAUAUGGUCACAUUGCCCUUGAUAGUAGGGGAAACUCAAUAAAGAACAAUAUAUAACCUGA